UGAUUACUGUUGAAGUGCUUGCGUCUUGGAUUAUGUAGCUCGUGUUCUUAUGGCUUUCACUGUAUGAAUUGAAUAGGCAAGAAGCUUUUUCUCUCGGCUUAACGGGUUACUACGGUAUGUCGUUUUCGGUAUAGAAAUCUCUUCAAUAAGAACAAAUGGAGCAUCUCCUGUAUGUCAGGGGGAACCUUGAACGUAGAUUUGAGGAACAAACAAAUGCAUAUGCUUCUUUUGCUUGGAUUUGUGAAGAAUUGAAGGUUGAGUACUCUGACAAGGUUUAUAUCUGUUUUUCUACUGAUAACGACUCCAAAAAAAGGAUAUAUCGUUUACUUUGGGACGAUACAGUUCGUCCUAGAACGUUUCAGUUGUCAGAUUCCGUGUUUUCGACCGCAAACUCCGUCAUUGCACACAUUGUAUCACCCAUUCCAAUAAAAUACAUAUGGUUGAAUGUAUCAGGAAACAACAUCCGGAAAGCUCAAUCGUACUUGCAGUACUUGUGUCGAGAGGGUACUGUUUUACACACAAAAGAUCUUCUCCCAUAUGAUAUCCAAAUUGCUGCUUGUGAACCCAUUGACCAAGGCAUCUUGACUGAACAAACAGAAGUUUUUAUCGUUACCAAAGCAGCAUUUGAUGAUGUUCUUUCUGUACAGAGAGAUUUUCUCCAGCUGGGCUCUGAAUUGGCAUUGACGAUGGCUGUUCAGUAUCAAACUCCUUCCCUUUCAGGCACUAGCAAUGCGCUUGAGGUUCACAGUGCAAAACUCUCUUACUCAACGGCGAUGAAGUAUUCUAUAAGGCGUGGUUCAUGGCUUAGAAUUGGGUCCAAUGAAGAAGAGUUUGUCUACAUUCGUGCAUGGCCGACGGAGCAUGUGGUAGACAAUACACUACAGUUAUCAUUUUGCCCUUCUGCAGCUAUUCUGCAUAAAAAUUGUUACAAAAUUGAGGUCGCAUCUCCCAUCAUUCACCCAUGUCGAAAAGUGAUAUGCAGUUGGGUAGCUUCGCAGCAUACUCAAUCCAUAAAAAACACUACUGAGGUGCAAGCCUUUGUCAAGCAAUUUGUUUAUGACCUCCGUUACAUUACUGUUAACUCUGUAUUAUCAAUAUGCGGCACGCGUUUACCCAAUCUGACAUCUCAUGAAAAUAAACUGUUUGAUCCUUUUUGUCUCAUUCACUUGUUUAUAAAAUUCUGCGAAAGUGAUUCAACAGAAACAAAGGAAGCAGCUGAUGUUUUCUGUAUAACAGAAGCCACAGAAAUUGAGUUUGUGGGAAUACAUCCUUAUCAACUCCCCGUAACACUUUCACCUUUUCUCGAAAUGUUUGAUCAAAAUGAGGCUAUAGGGGAUAUUCACAGGAUAGCAACUAGUUUAACAGCAGGACAACAUAGCUCAGUCUUGGUUGCAAAUCAUGGGCUGAAUGGCAUGCUGCGGUUGGGCAAGUCAUUAGCUGACUCUCUUGGCUUACACACAUAUAUUCUUUCGGCAUACAGCUUGUUAAAUCUCUCGUACGAACGGUUUCAUUCUGUUUUUGAGAAACACAUUGAGAAUGUGCUUCAAAUCAAGUUUUGUGUGCUCGAGUUGCGCGAUUUUCAAGUGCUCUUUCAACAGCAAGGCACAAACUAUGAGUUGAUACUAAAAGUCGUGUUAAAAAAAAUGCUCCGUGUCUUUGACUUAAGUGGGAACACCGUCCUUUUCGUCUUGGCUACGUGUAAGGAGCUAGAAGACAUCCCGUCUUCCAUUCGGACUCUCUUUCUUCAUGAAUACAAUCUCAAGCCGCUCUCGCUUAAUGAACGCAGGCAGUGUCUUGAUUUCUUUUCCAAGUCGUAUUCUGUUUCACCGAGGCUUUCCCUGUCACAACUUGCUGACAAGUGUAACGGCCUUUCCAUUGACGACCUUCAGUAUGUGUGGACUCUUGCUUUAGGCAACGUAAAGAAGCAAAUUAUAAAUACUGGUCAUGCUUCGGAGGAUCUGGUGACGGCUGGACCCGUUAUUACUCCUGAAGCUGUGUAUUCACAAGUCGAACGGUUGCAGAAAACGGCACUCUCUUCCCUGAACUUGCCUCGAAUUCCGCAAGUGAAUUGGGAAGAUGUGGGUGGUUUGGAGCAGGUGAAACAAUCGCUUUUAGACACUUUGCAACUUCCACUCGAACAUCCAGAGCUGUUCACUGUUGGAAUGAAAAAGCGGUCAGGAAUAUUGCUUUAUGGACCACCGGGUACGGGUAAAACUUUACUGGCAAAAGCUGUCGCUUCUGAACUGUCACUCAAUUUCCUCAGCAUAAAAGGACCUGAAUUGCUGAGCAUGUAUAUUGGUGAAUCGGAACGGAACAUCCGUCGUGUUUUUCAACGAGCCCGUGAUGCUUCCCCGUGUGUUAUCUUCUUUGAUGAACUCGAUUCCAUCGCUCCGAAGCGUGGACAUGCGAAUGACAGCGGCGGUGUGAUGGACCGUAUCGUCAGUCAGCUUCUCACAGAACUGGAUGGUGUUUGUGAACCUGGAGCGGAAAAUGUGUUUGUUAUGGGUGCUACCAAUCGACCAGACUUGUUGGACUCUGCAUUGACCCGACCUGGUCGUUUUGACCAGUUGCUGUAUUUGGGUAUUUGUACUGAUGCUCAAGCACGGCUCAAGAUUCUUCAAGCACAGCUUCGCAAGGUACGCCUAAGCGAUAAUGUGAAUUUGAUGACUAUAGCUAAGCAAUGUCCUCCCAACCUGACGGGAGCUGACUUGUUUGCCUUAUGUUCAGACGCAGUGUUCCUUGCACUGGAGCGGCAGAUUCAGCAAUUGGAAGACGAAUGGACUCAAGAAAAGCACGUCUCCGGCGUACAAAACGAAGAUCCUGAAACUGCGUUCGCCGAAUGGAUCGCGACGAAGGAACAGGUAGUCAUCCUGGACAUGAAUGACUUGCUCACUUCGCUUCACCACACCGUCCCAAGCGUCUCAAUAGCCGAGUUACAGCACUACGAAACUCUUCAAAAACAGUUUCAGCAGCAAACUUAAACCGCGCGCAUCCCGCGGGAUGUACGCGGGAUUUCCUGUGCGCCGUAAUCUUCGUUAAACGGUGCUAUAUCAAAUAGUGUGGUGGUUAUGCACGUCCAUACGUUACUCCGCGCUUUUCACUAUUUGCUCCAGCACGCUGACGUGCGCUGGAGCUCACUACCCGUCCUAAACUCCCUCGUAACCAGAGUGCAGC